CCUGAAUCAUGGCACAGUGACAAUCAGUGACAAAAGAGUGAGGCCAUUCAGGGUAAGAAGAUUGACCUUUUUGGGUGGCUACAGCUGAAGAUUGCUUUACAGAAGCCACUAGAAAGGUUUGUGAGUCAUGAUGCAAGAAUCUGGAACUGAGACAAAAAGUAAUGGUUCAGCCAUUCAGAACGGUGCAAGCAGUGGCAACCACUUGCUAGAGUGUGGCCUUCGGGAAGGGAGAUCAAACGGGGAGACACCUUCUGUAGACAUCGGUGCUGCAGAUCUAGCUCAUCUUCAGCAACAGCAGGCUCUUCAGGUAGCAAGGCAGCUUCUGUUACAACAGCAGCAGCAGCAGCAGCAACAACAAGUUAGCGGGCUAAAAUCUCCCAAGAGGAAUGACAAACAGCCAUCCCUUCAGGUUCCAGUGUCAGUGGCUAUGAUGACACCUCAAGUUAUCACUCCCCAGCAAAUGCAGCAGAUCCUCCAGCAGCAAGUCCUAACUCCACAGCAACUUCAGGUCCUGCUCCAGCAGCAGCAGGCACUCAUGCUUCAGCAGCAGCAGCUUCAAGAAUUCUACAAGAAACAACAGGAGCAGUUGCAGCUUCAACUUUUACAGCAACAACAUGCUGGAAAACAACCUAAAGAGCCCCAGCAACAACAGGUGACUUCCCAGCAGUUGGCCUUUCAACAACAGCUUUUACAGAUGCAACAACUGCAGCAGCAGCACCUCCUAUCUUUGCAACGCCAAGGUCUGCUAACAAUUCAACCAGGCCAGCCCACCUUGCCAUUGCAGCCUCUCACCCAAGGCAUGAUCCCAACUGAACUACAGCAACUCUGGAAAGAGGUGACAGGUUCUCACCCAGCAGAGGAGGCUGCAAGCAACAACCACAGCAGUUUGGAUCUAUCAACGACGUGUAUCUCUUCCUCAGCAUCUUCUAAGACUCCCUUAAUAAUAAACCCACAUGCCUCAACCAAUGGACAGCUAUCAGUCCACACUCCUAAAAGAGAAAAUUUAUCCCAUGAAGAGCACUGUCAUAGCCAUCCACUUUAUGGGCAUGGAGUAUGCAAAUGGCCGGGCUGCGAAGCAGUAUGCGAAGAUUUCCAGUCAUUUCUAAAACAUCUCAACAGUGAGCAUGCGCUGGAUGAUAGAAGUACAGCCCAAUGUAGAGUACAAAUGCAGGUUGUACAACAGUUAGAGCUGCAGCUGGCAAAAGACAAAGAACGCCUGCAAGCAAUGAUGACACACCUGCACGUGAAGUCGACUGAACCAAAAGCUACCCCUCAGCCUCUAAACCUCGUAUCUAGCGUCACACUUUCAAAGACUGCGUCAGAGGCUUCUCCACAGAGCUUACCUCAUACCCCGACCACCCCAACAGCGCCCAUCACUCCGGUCAGCCAGGGGCCUUCUGUCAUCACUACUACAAGCAUCCACAACGUGGGGCCUAUCCGAAGGCGGUACUCUGACAAAUAUAACGUGCCCAUCUCUUCAGCAGAUAUUGCGCAGAACCAAGAAUUCUACAAGAAUGCAGAGGUUAGGCCGCCCUUUACGUAUGCAUCCUUAAUUAGGCAGGCCAUUCUUGAAUCUCCAGAAAAGCAGCUAACACUAAAUGAAAUCUAUAACUGGUUCACGCGGAUGUUUGCCUACUUCAGACGGAAUGCAGCCACGUGGAAGAAUGCAGUGCGUCAUAAUCUUAGUCUUCACAAGUGUUUUGUGCGAGUAGAAAACGUUAAAGGGGCAGUAUGGACAGUGGAUGAAGUAGAAUUCCAAAAACGAAGGCCACAAAAGAUCAGUGGAAGCCCUUCACUUAUUAAAAACAUGCAGACCAGCCACACCUACUGCUCACCUCUCAGUGCUGCUUUACAGGCUUCAAUGGCUGAGAACAGUAUACCUCUGUACACUACUGCUUCCAUGGGAAACCCCACUCUGGGCAGUUUAGCCAGUGCUAUGAAGGAAGAGCUUAAUGGUGCAAUGGAGCAUGCGAACAGUAAUGGGAGUGACAGCAGUCCAGGACGUUCUCCUAUGCAAGCAAUGCACCCUGUGCAUGUUAAAGAAGAACCAUUAGAUCCAGAUGAAAAUGAAGGACCACUAUCUUUAGUGACCACAGCCAAUCACAGUCCAGAGUGUGAUCACGACAGAGAUUAUGACGACGAAAAUGUAAACGAGGACAUAGAAUGAGUGUGUCUGUGGUCGGGAUCCUGUGAAUGAAGAUUGUGGGGAGGGAGGAAAAAAAAACACAUACUUCAAAAUUAGCUGUGAAAUCUCUCCCCUUUAUUGUACAGUCUGGAGGAUACUCUCGGUCCAUUUUGACAGCUAUAAAAUAUGUUAACUCCUAGUGCCAUCAAGUAUCCCAUUUGGGAAUAUUUUUGAUUUUUCUACUUUUUGUUGAGAAAAAAAAGGAAUUUGUACUCUGUGCAUUGGAUGGACUUGUUUGGUACUUGGGAUUCCCUCUCACAGUCAACAUCAGUGUUGUAAAUUUAUUCAACCGAUUCGACUAUUUGGCAGCAGACUUUGGACUGCGGUUCUUCCAGUUUGGGACACUGAAGACAUCAAGCUGAGCAUGUACACAUAAAUUGCAGAUCAAGCCUUUGCCCAGAUUUUAAGGAUUCCAAUGGACAACAUAUUUGCACAGAAUCGCAUGUUGAUUAUCACUGCCUUUUACUUUGGGUUUGUUUUUGUUUUGCUUCCAUUUGGGAUGGGGAAGUGAGUCUGCGUGUGUGCGUGUGUGCACGUAUGUAUGUGCACAUGUGAGUAUGUAUACACAAUAGGGGUUAAACGAAAAUUCUCCCCAGCUUUGUAGUGUAUAGCUUUGAUUCCCCUCCUCCCCCACUUCUCCUACACCAUUUUAAGUUCUGACCUCAGGCCUCAGGAGGGCCAGGGCCUUUUGAGGCUUAAUGUUUUCUGUACUUUUGUGAUGAAUGUUUAUUAGGUGUUUUUAUUAUACAAAGCUGAAUGUCCUUUGAAUUGUUUGUAGUUCUUUUUUUUCUGCCAUUCAUUCCAGUUUCCUUCAUUUUCGAUAGCUAUGGGAAACAUUCCAUUUGGGGAUAUGUCCCCCCCCCUUUAGAAAAAAAGAAGGUUCUCGUGUCGCUGCUCUAAUCCAUGUGCAAAGUUAUCUCCCAACAGAAAGCAAGGCAGUACUGCAAGAGUGAGAAUGAAAGGCAAACCAGCAGAGAAAUUGUGUAGGACGUGGAGCAAAUUUAUUCCACAAAGCAGUAUGUGUUGUCAUUGUUUUGGAGGUUGUUUUUAUUUUGCAGAAAUGAUGGUUAUUAACAAAUAUUACAAAACGGAACAGCACAAAAAAAAAUCCUGAACAUGCAGCACCCAACCGUUUAUUUUGUCAAUAAUAAAUUGUGCAACAUCAGGCUAUUCUUUUCAUAUCAUGAGUUUCUGGGCCAUCAAACCUAUCUAGGAUAUCUAAAAUGACCAUAUUGCAUACCUAAACAUGUAUUAUGGUUUGCA